AUACAAUUUAGAACAUGCGUGAUAUCGUCUAUAGCUCUAUAGAUUUGAAAUAAUCGUGAAAAGGUACUAUAAAAGGAGCCCGGUCAUCGCAAUACGCCAACAAGUCACUCGAGUUCUCGACAAGACAACAUCUUCGCUCUUCAAAACUAAACACCUAAAGAAACGCCGCCUAAUUUCAACAUGAACUUCAAGUGUACAGUAGCCGUUUUCCUUUUGAUGGUAGUGUUGAUGUUUGCCACGGACUCUACAAACGGGUUCAGAAAACCGCCUUUCAAUGGUAGCAUCUUCGGAAAGCGAACAAUUUCUUAUCCGGAAUAUGAAAAUCCUGGAAAAACUAUUUACACCAUGUGCGAGAUCGCGUCGGAUGCGUGCCAGAAUUGGUUCCCUGCAACCGUAGAAAAGAAAUGAAGGGCCCGCGCCAUCACCCAGUAGAAAACAAGACGUCAACCUGCGACGUUUCAAAUUCAAUAGGAAUUCAUAGAAAAUAUGUAGUUGAAUGAACCGUGUUUUUGGAAUUUUUUUUUCUAAUAAAAUGCUUGUCUGAUUUAAAUCACAAAA